AUGUCUUCCUCUCAGGAAAUCAAGUUCGCUCUUAGCCGCAUCAACCGUGUCUUGAAAGGAAAGAGAACAGCUGGUUACAGAGACAUCCGCUUAGGUCUCGACCGUAUCAAACGUGUUAUCCCAAAAAAUCAAGAGUGGAAAGGCAUCCAUGUCGCUGGAACGAAUGGCAAAGGCUCAAUAUGCACCUUCCUCGGCGGCCUGUUCAGAAUGGCCGGUUUCGGUUAUGGGAGCUUCACGUCGCCCGCUAUUCCAGAGAGACAUAAUGGAGUCAUCAUAAACGGCCUUUAUGUGAAUAAACGCAUGUACGAGAUGGAAAUGAAGCAUGUUGAAGAGAAGUGGCACCGAAUUGCCACUGGCUGGACAUAUCAGCACCUGGACGAUCCCAAAGGUCUAUCGCCAUUCGAAGCCGAGACGGCAACAGCAUUCCGGGUUUUCAACAAGAUGCACGUUCCCUAUGGUAUUGUCGAGGUUGGUAUGGGCGGCGCCACCGAUGCGACCAAUGCCAUGAAGCAAAAGUCAGUCACUGUUAUUUCCAAGAUUGGUCUUGAUCACCAAGAGUACCUCGGCAACACCAUCGAAAACAUUGCCAAAGUCAAAGCCGGCAUUAUGCGAAAAAAUGUUCCCUGUAUUGUUGACCACACUAACUCUCCUGCUGUCAUACAUGUACUCCGACAACAUGCCCGGGAAAUCGGUACAAACAUUAUUCUUACAUGGAAAGCUGAACCUCUACUCUUGACCCUCAACAACGAAAGAUGGAAGCUUGAGAGUUACCAAGUGCAGAACUUGCUGUGCGCGGCCAUGGCCUUCCGUCAACUGUUCCCACGACACCCAAUCGACCUCAACAUGCUCUUGAGUUCACAUCCUUUCUUGCCGGGUCGGUUGGAAACAGUUCGCGUAGAUUCGCCUAGUAUCGAGACGCCUCGAGAUAUCGUGGUUGAUGGUGCUCACAACAUGCUGGGCAUUGAGGCGUUGUUCAAACAUGUCUUCCACCGUUUACGUAAACAGGAUCCAACUGUGCCAGUGACUUGGGUCAUGGGCAUGUCGGCCAGCAAAGAUAAGCCUAUAUUGGAAAUCAUUGACAAGCUCGUUGAGCCUCACGAUAAUUUUGCCAUGGUCGAAUUUACUCAAGGCCCCAAUGAUCCUCAGCCGGCUCCCGCCCACUACGGUACUGAGCAUGCUAGGGGUAUUGUCGAAAACCCCGACGACCAAAUCUACGAUGGACAUCCCGAUAUUUCAGCUGCUCUGCCCUGGGCAUGUGCCAAAUCCAAGGGUGGGCCGGUGGUUGUGACAGGGAGUCUUUAUCUGAUUCGCCAACUAUUUGAGCUCAAGGACGUUCACCGAUCAAGGGAGCCAGGCAUGAGAAGACCCGGGCGUUCCCAGCUAUAUCGAUUGAGCCAGCUUGCUAGGAAGAAUAAACUCACACCGCCUGAAAAACGUGAGUUCAAGGAAGCCAGGCGGCAUUUUGAGCUAUCGCCUCGUAAAAGCUCGGUUUUCCGUCGCACACAAUCACGCAAGCCAAGAUUACGAACAAUAGCCCUGAGAUUGGUGUGGAGAAAGCCAACGCGGCGAAUUCAAAGCAAGGCAGCAUUUCAUAAGCACCAGAGACGAGGUUAUCUCCAGACCAUCAAUGCUCUCAAAAAAGAUAUGCAGGUGGCAGAGGAGACAGGAGAGGGACUCAAAAGUCCCGCCGAUAGUCUCCUGGCCCGCAUCGAAGACUUGGAGAAACAGGCCGAGAUGCACAGAGAACAGUACGACGACGCUAUGUUCAAACUGAGGGGAUACAAAGCCGUACCGCACAUGAAGUACAUGACCCAUCGCGAGAUCUUUGGGUAUCCCAAGAAACCCAAAGCGCCCACCAAGUCUCCCUUCGCCGCCGCCAAAAAGACCGACAAGCCUGAGAGGAAGAAUAAGAAACCUGUUAUGGCGUGGAAAGACCGAUCUCAGAGCUUCGGUGAAGAGCUUGCCGCUGCCGAGAAAGCGCGAGAAUGGUCGAUGAAAGAAGCUGCAAUCAUGAAGGCUGAGAGAGCCGAGAGGGAUGCGAAGGACCCCGAUGUCAUCCUUAAAACAAAGAUCGAAGCCGGAAGAAGAGGCAUGGGACCGAACGACUCAUGA